GCCGUGACGCCUGAAUGUUGUGUCUGUGAGGAAGAUGGCGGACUCAGUAGCGGCGGGGCUUGGAGACGAAAAUGAGACUGAAAAUGAGGACAAGGAGAAGGAGAAACGACUCUUCAGCGGCGUCAAAAAGACAGAGAAGCAAGCCGCUGCGUCAGACGUUACAGAAACUCUGGGGUUUUACGAGAGGAAGGCGAAAUGCAAAGAGAGAAAGAGCAAUGUGUCAGAUCUCUCUCUGGUGAGGUUUAUUAGUGCUGAGUUGACUAGAGGAUAUUUUCUGGAACACAAUGAGGCCAAAUACACCGAGCGGAGAGAGAAGGUUUACACCUGCCUGCGUAUUCCAAAAGAACUGGAGAAGCUGAUGAUCUUUGGGUUUUUCCUGUGUCUGGAUGUGUUUCUGUACGUGUUCACCCUGCUGCCCCUCAGAGUGCUUCUGGCUCUGAUCAGACUGCUGACACUGCCCUGCUGUGGCCUCAGUGGAUCUCGUAUCUUGCAGCCCGCUCAGGUGUGUGAUGUUCUGAAGGGUUUUAUCAUGGUUCUGUGUUAUUUCAUGAUGCAUUAUGUGGAUUAUUCCAUGAUGUACCACCUGAUCCGGGGUCAGUCUGUCAUAAAACUCUACAUCAUCUACAACAUGCUAGAGGUGGCAGAUCGCUUGUUUUCGUCUUUCGGUCAGGAUAUUUUGGAUGCUUUGUACUGGACUGCCACUGAACCAAAAGAAAGAAAGAGAGCUCAUAUAGGAGUCAUCCCACAUUUCUUCAUGGCUGUUCUCUACGUCUUUCUACAUGCCAUUCUAAUUAUGGUUCAGGCCACCACACUGAACGUGGCUUUCAAUUCACAUAACAAGUCACUGCUCACCAUCAUGAUGUCUAAUAAUUUUGUUGAGAUCAAAGGAAGUGUAUUCAAGAAGUUUGAGAAAAACAACCUCUUCCAGAUGUCCAAUAGUGACAUUAAAGAAAGAUUUACAAACUACACACUCUUACUAAUCGUCUGUCUCAGAAACAUGGAGCAGUUCUCCUGGAAUCCAGAUCACCUAUGGGUGUUGUUUCCUGAUGUUUGUAUGGUAAUCGCCUCAGAGAUUGCAGUGGACGUUGUCAAACAUGCCUUCAUCACCAAGUUUAAUGACAUCACAGCAGAUGUCUACAGUGAAUACAGAGCGAGCUUGGCCUUUGAUCUGGUCAGCAGCAGACAGAAAAAUGCAUACACAGACUACAGUGACAGUGUGUCCAGGAGGAUGGGCUUCAUUCCUCUUCCUCUUGCUUUACUGUUGAUCCGGGUGGUGACCAGUUCUGUGAAGAUCCAGGGAUCUCUGUCCAUUGUAUGUGUCGUGCUCUUCUACCUGGGAAUGAUCACUCUGAAGGUGCUGAACAGUAUAUUGUUAUUGGGGAAAUCCUGUAUGUAUGUGAAAGAGGCAAAUAUGGAGGAGAAGCUGUUUCAAAAUCCCCCCUCUGCAACUCCCAGCAGAGUUUCCAGCAGAGCAAACCGGACCAAACACACACGAGAACCACCAGGUGAACCAGCGGAAGAGGCGUCUGCAUCAGUCACCACUCAACCCACCCAAAGGGAUGAAUGCCCCGCCCCUCAGCUCCCCACCAGCGAAUCAGAUCAGUUCCUCACAACACCAGAUGAAUCAGAAGAUAAAAGCCUUAUUCAGGACGAUACUGAGCUUAUACACAGGGCGCCCAAAAAAGACUUGCUGGAGAUUGACCGCUUUACUAUCUGCGGUAACCGUAUCGACUGACAUCAACACGCACCCUCAAGUUUGAUGCCAGUUAUGCACUGAAAGGCCCGCCAGCUUGAUUCGUUUGACAUUUGAACUUGAGCUCGUUGGAAUGGGACAGCGAGAAACUGCAGGAUAUUUAUUAAUAAAUGAUGCACCUAAUUUAUUUAAGACUUAAACAAACUCAUUCACAUCAUAGCAACACACACACACACACACACACACACACACA